UCUAUGGCUAAGUAUUUAGCAUAUAUCUGAUCUCGUCGUGGGCAUUUUAAGCUAUAUUGAAAGUGUUUUAUCCACUCACAAGAAAAUGUAAAUUUCAGGUUAAAAGUGACAUUCCCCAGAUAAUAUAGGCCAAUAGGAUUUUUAUUUCGCAGUAGUACCACACAAAUACAGAUGGCUGCCUGAUUCCCUGUUAUUAAGAUGGCGAAAUAGCCAUACCUUUAGGAAAAGUAGCCUAGUUUGUUACAGAGCUGCGAACAGUAGCCUACACACCUUACACGACAAAAAAAAAACAUACAUGAAAUCAUCCCGUAUAACAAGGGGUUUCCUUUAAAUAUUUCAAGCCACAUCAAUACGAUCAUUAAUAAGACACACAACCCUAUGUAUAGGCUACCAUGGACAUGAAGAGCAAACUUCAAACGCUUGUCUUCUGGGGGGCGUUCUGUCUACAGUAGAAUACAUUGAGUGAGGGAAGGAACAAGAAUGCUGAACAAGAUUGACAGGUGGGUUUCUACUGUCAGAGUGACGCUCCUGAAGGGGUGGAGUGAGGAAAAGUGAGGCAGAGAAGCAACUCGAUGUGUCUGUCUAUCAGUUGAGACGGUCUGAAAUGCCCCUACCGUAUCCAGAAUAACCGACAUCUAUUACAACGAAAAGAAGCGGUCUCGCCUUUCUCCAUGGAGUUUUUUGAAAAAGAGUGAUAAGUUGAUGUCCAUUCUUCCGGAGCGUUGCCGAUUUAGGCUUUGUUUUUCUCCUCCACGCUACGACAGCUAACGUGAAGCGCCCUCAUCGAGCCUACUUGAAGUAAGGGUGAAUAAUUUUGAUUUUUUUCGGACGGGCGAACAAAUGUGGGAACAGAGCUUGUGUUUCGGUCGCGUAAGGAAAUAGCCAUCAGAAACAUUAUGACCGAAAUGUUUUACGAACUGCUUGGCUAAGUGCUUGAAUGACACUAACCAUCUAAUGCCUAUGUUUUUCUUUUUUUUUUUUUACUAUAUUUCAGAAUCCGAACCACAUAGGAGCUGUUGGAAAGAAAAUAUAUUUCAACGCGGUUUCUCACACUGGAAGUUGAUAUUAUUGCUAUUUUCUCGGUGGUUUCACUCUUGAGGAAAAUCUGUUCCAACCUGUUUCCGUCGAGCCGGGAUACUGCUGAUGGACGCGGGAGAGAGACCGAUUGUGACUGACUGUGCCGUAGCCCACAUCGUUAGAACUGUAUUUGAACGGAGAGUACCGCUGAUCACCAUGCAGUGACACCGAAUCCGUAAAAUACAUCAGAUGAAAACCCUACUGUGGAGAAUGCUGGCUAUUUUUCUCGAAUUUACAUGUGGCCAUCACAUAGGUUGAACUUUUACGUUUGAUAAGACAGUUCUACAAAAAUCCGUUAUUGAAGAAAAGAAGAAAAUACUGCGUAUGGUGUGUCCGAGAGCAACUGUUCCAGUGGUUUCAUCUUUGCUUAUCUCCAUUAUUUCGGUUCUGCAUGAAAAGUCAAGCGGAAAGUCCUGAGCAGAAGCAUGCCACGGAGAAAACAGCAAGCGCCAAGGCGGUCUUCAGCGUACGGGCCUGAGGAUGAGCUCAAGGACGGCAACCCUGACGAGGAGCACCUGCAGGAUGACGGUCUCUCCCUGGACGGGCAGGACACCGACUACCCCUGCACUGAGGAAGAGGACGGCAGGGAUCAGCUGAGCUACCAAAACUCCCCUCUCAGCAACGGCACCAACCCGGACGCCGGGUACGGCUCACCCCUCAGUGACGCCAGUGAGCAGCUCGUUGACUUCAGGAGCACCUCCUCCAAAGAUGGCGGCAAAGACAAGGAGGCUGCUGAGGAUAUGGAGGCCGAGACAGGGCUCUCCCUGCAGGACAGUCUGGCCCAGAUGAAGGCCAUCUACGCCAACCUGAUCUCGGACGCUUCCUGGUCCAGUAUCACUCAAGACAUCUUAGAAAAUGUGCAGGUGGCAGCUGGAGACAACAGCAACAGCAACAGCAACAGUGUGGCCAGCAGUGUCAAAGAAAGCAGCAGUGUAGCUAACAAUGUUAGCAACAGCAGUGCUAGCACCAGCAGCUGCAGUGUGACAAACAACACAAACACUGACACACCUAACACCACUGCGAGUGCCCCCGCAAGCAACAACAGUGGCAACAUAGCCAGCAGUGCUACUGGAGGUAUUACCUAUGACUGGCACCAGGCAGCCCUGGCUAAGACCUUCCAGCAGAACCCUUAUCACCUACUGCCAGAGCCGAGUCUCUUCAGCACAGUGCAACUCUACCGCCAAAACAACAAACUCUUUGGACCAGUGUUCACUGGCGCAAGCAAGUUUAGGUGCAAGGACUGCAGCGGGGCUUAUGACACGUUAGUCGGCCUCACUGUCCACAUGAACGAGACUGGGCACUACCGUGACAACAACAAGGAUAAAGAAGAAGACCACGGAAAGAAAUGGUCCAAGCCGAGGAAGCGGUCUCUUAUGGAGAUGGAAGGCAAGGAGGAUGCCCAGAAAGUGCUUAAGUGCAUGUACUGUGGCCACUCGUUUGAGUCUCUGCAGGACUUGAGCGUCCACAUGAUCAAAACAAAACACUACCAGAAAGUGCCUCUCAAAGAACCAAUGCCUGCUCUUACAGCAAAGCUCAUACCCCCUAACAAAAAGCGAGCUUUUCAUGACUUUGUGUCCCCCUGCUCACCUGAAUCUGUUACUAACACACCAUGUGUUCCUCUGGCAGAGAGCUCCAAAGACCAGAAGAUUACUAACCCAUACGUCACUCCCAACAAUCGAUAUGGCUAUCAGAAUGGUGCCAGUUAUACCUGGCAGUUUGAGGCGCGAAAGGCCCAAAUUCUCAAAUGCAUGGAGUGUGGAAGCUCCCACGAUACAUUGCAGCAGCUAACAGCCCAUAUGAUGGUGACUGGGCACUUUCUGAAAGUCACCAACACAGCUUCAAAGAAGGGGAAGCAACUUGUGUUCGAUCCUGUUAUCGAGGAAAAAAUUCAGUCUAUACCCCUCCCACCCACCACCACACGUCUACCAGCUCCCAAUCUCAAAUCGCGACCUGAUUCACCCAAGCAGUCAUCUGCCACUGAAGAAAAGAAGAUCCAUCUUGAGGAGAAGCCUGAUGUGACAAAUGAAUCAGAAAGAAAAUCUGGACCUGAGAAAAAGAUCAAAGAGGAGAAAGAAGAUGACUUGUCGGACAAAGUAGAAAAGACAGAUAAGUCAGGCCAUUUUAAGUAUCUCAGAGAGGAGGACCUUGACGACUCUCCCAGAGAGGGCUUAGAUAUCCUCAAAUCUCUGGAGAAUACUGUAUCCUGUGCCAUCAAUAAGGCCCAGACAGGGACACCCACGUGGGGAGGGUACCCGAGUAUUCAUGCUGCCUACCAGCUCCAUGGUGCAUUGAAAUCCUUCCCUGCAGUGCAGAGUGUUCACAUUAAACCCACCUUCAAUGCCAACAGCUUAAAGCCACUAGCAUCAGACAUAAGCAACCACAUACAUUCUCCCUGCAGCCCAUCCCCACCUCUCAACCAUAAGAAUAAUGUGUUGGCCAUGGAAGAACUAGUUGAGAAGGUCACAGGUAAAAUACCCCCAAAGAAGGAAAGGGAGAACAGGCACUCUGAUUCAAAAGCUAACACAAGCUCAACAAAGCCAUCUCUGCUUGUGACAACAGAUAAGAAACCUGUUACUCCUUCUGAAGACUUUGUCAAACCAGUUAAGAAUGGGACAUUAGAGAAGAAGCAGGAACCUCUAAGUCGUGAGGAGGGUCGCAAGGAAAAACAAUUCAGCAGUGUCAUCAAAAACGGGUCAGAGGCAGCCAAACCACCAGUCAAAAAUGGCUGCAGUAGUAUGGGGAUGGUCACAGACCAGUCCCUUGAACAACCUUUCAUGAACCCUCUCAGUGCACUGCAGUCCAUAAUGAACAAUCACUUAGGCAAGGCCUCCAAAGCAGUCAGUCCUUUACUUGACCCCCUGGCUAUGCUGUACAAGAUCAGCAACAACAUGAUGGAAAGUCCCAUUUACAACCCUACACAGCCUGAGCAAGUGGACCUCAACAGCCACUAUUCAGACUGUGAUGAUCAGCCCAUGGAUUUGACCAAAUCCAAGAGCAGCAAUGGGCACAACAGUAAUGGAACAGCCACAGUGAUAACCAACAGCAACAACAAUAACAACAACAACAACAACAACUGUAAAAGUAACAGCAACAGCAUCCUCAAAAACAACAGCCAGCCCAUGAUCACUGAUCUGAUCAGUGAGGUUUCAUCCCCGUUGCGGGAAAAUGCCCUGAUGGACAUCUCUGACAUGGUGAAGAAUCUUUCAGGCCGGCUUACGCCAAAGUCUUCCGCACCGUCCUCCAUUUCAGAGAAGUCGGAUGUGGACGUGAGUGCUUUCGAGGACACUCUGGAGGAGCUGACUCCAAUUCAUAAAAGGAAAGGCAGACAGUCCAACUGGAACCCCCAGCACCUGCUCAUCCUCCAAGCCCAGUUUGCCUCCAGUCUCCGGGAGACGGCAGAUGGGAAAUUCGUCAUUACAGACUUGGGACCUCAGGAGAGAGUCCACAUCUGUAAGUUCACGGGACUUUCCAUGACCACCAUCUCACACUGGCUGGCCAAUGUCAAGUACCAGCUCAGACGCUCUGGCAACACCAAGUUCUUGAAGAACAUUGACUCGGGACAGCCUUUGUUUCUGUGCAGCGACUGUGCUUCGCAGUUCAGAACUCCUUCCGCCUACAUUGGCCACUUAGAGUCCCACUUAGGUUUCAGCUUGAAGGACCUUUCCAAGCUGUCUUUAGACAUCAUGAGGGAGGAACAGGCAGUUGCAAAAAUCAUCACAGACAAGACUUUCAGUGCACUCGGUUUAUCAGAAGAGGACGCAAAUGGCAUUUUUCAGUGCAAACUGUGCAAUCGGACCUUUGCCAGCAAGCACGCAGUCAAACUGCACCUGAGCAAAACACAUGGCAAAUCUCCAGAGGACCAUCUCAUCUUUGUCACAGAACUAGAGAAGUUAGAGAAAGCUUAAACAAGCGGAAGGACUGGCCACAAAGAAUCAUUGCACUAAAAUAUAAUAAAGCACUGCAACUAAACUGAGUUUUUGAAUCAGUCAGGCAUGUAUUCUGAAACUGCCUAAUUGGACCUGUCUAUUUUUUCUUUAUUUGCUUUUUUGUAUUCUAUUUAAAUAGUGUCUCAAUGACAUGCAUGGUGUUUUGCGUCCUCUGUGAAUACCGGUUUACCCUUUUAAGUUUAAUUUCGACUCCUUGUCCUGUGCAGAAGUAGGAGAAAGUGUGUUUCAGUCCACAGGAAUUUGAGGGGAAAAGUUCAAGGAAAUUUGAAUGUGUAAUUCACUUACACUUACGAGUCAUUUGGAACUAAGCCAGAACCCCUUGAAUGAAGAUGCAUUGCAGCACUCUGUGGAAGAAUGUCUGAUCUUUUGUGAAGAAAUGUGAUGAUAUGGUGAAAUCAGUUUGUGAUCUUAUAUUGUUAUUGUGUGAUGGAAAAAGUAACUAUUGGCUUAAGAAUACCUGACACAACGUAUAUGCAUUAAUUCCUAAUACAUAAAGGGGCAAGAGCGGCAAAACGUUACACAGUUAUCUGUAAUUUGACAUGGCUGCUUUUGUCAACAAUAGUGAAUUCAUUUUUUAAAAUCUGUUUUUACUAUCGUUGUUAAAUAUCAUUUUGUAGUAAUUUUAAAUAUAUGGUACAAGUUCUAUUCUUCAUGCAGUGUGCCGCUUUCAUUCAAAACCUCAGCAUACAUGUAUUGAAAUGAUCAACAGAAAUUUCCAUCAUCAUAUCUUACCAUACCAUAUUUGCAACAUGGGAAGCUCCAUAUAAUUUGUAUGGUGUGAAUUAUUUUAUAUUGUCAAUUUAUAUUAAAAAAUAAAACCAGAUGAAAUAUGUAAAUAGAUAUAUACAGAAUAUACAGAAACAUUUGUUUGUAUUCUCUUGAAGUACAAAGUUCAUCAUCUGACUUGGUUUCAAAACAUGAAUUCUACCACACAGUUAAGUGCAUCUUUUUUGAUGCGUCAUGAUGGUUUAAAAAAAAAAGCAAUGCACAUAACAGUACCUAAACAAUGUUUUAUCAUGGAAUCAUGAAAGAUCUUAUUGAUUGAAAAAAAACUUUGUUUGUCAUUUCAACUGUAAAAUAAAACAUAUUGCAGGUCACAAUUAA